AUGCUGGGAGACAAAGCUGCCUGUAUUUGUUAUGUUCGACUUCAGCAGUUCAUCAACAGGUAACAGGGCACAAAGAAUAGUGACUUGUAUGCAGUUUUUAAUAAAGGUCACGAGUUUGGUAACCUGGGGGCCCCCUGCAAUUUUAGCAACUUUCAAGCACAAUUAAUCGAAAGGAGAGCCUGAUCUUAGGGUAAGAACUUGUUCGUUUUCUUGUUUCAGCAGGUUUUCGUUGUUUCGUAGAAUACCGGCAACUGUUCCUAAACUUUUAAAUAUUUCCUGUAAAAAAGGGGUUCGAUCCUAGAUUACCACGCGGUGUUUUUCUUUAAGGGUUUCUUUGCGCUUUGCCCGGCAAGACUAAGCAAUCCCCUUUGGCCAAGUUAUCCAUGAUUCCCUGCCAGAAAAUCCUCGGCAACAAAACAAUGGAUUCACACCGUUCAUUUUAAGUUGCUUUAUUCAACUGGGGUCUGUUGAAUACCUGUGAAUGAGAGUUCUAACCAGCAUUUUUAGAUAAUUUUAUUUAAAUGAUAAAAACUCAAAUCGAAACUUACUUACAAAUGGCCGUGAUGAGAAUUUUACUUUUUACUCCCAUGAUCUUUAUUUUCCUUAUUGUCAAUUUCAUUUUUAGUGCUGGUGUACCAUUAACACGUCAAACUGAAGAAACACGGGUGUGGCAGAAAAAAUAA